CCCACACCGACUCGGACUUGGAUCGACCUGCCUCCCUGCAAGCCGCACUCGCCAGUUUCAAGCACACACCCGCCGGCACCGAGCAGCGUUACAGCCGAUAUUCGGCGACAGAGCUUGCAGCGCCGUCCGAUAUCCUACUUCCUGGAGCAUAUUCGAUCCGUCUAAUCCAGCUCAUCGGGCCUGCGACGCUCCCCACUCAUGCCCAAGGCGUCAAGAAAGAGAGCCAGUCGAACAGCACAGCACACAGAUGAGCCGAGCUCGUCUGUGCGCUCGGCGAGGCGCCAGAGGAAAUCAACCCGUCCAUCAUCGCCGCCGCUGCCAGAACCCGAGUCCGAGUGCAAAUUUCUCGCCGAUGCACCCACCGAAGCAGCGGCAGCAGCCACCCCUUCCCUUGCAGGCGUCCUCCCGCACGAUGUCCUCGAUCACAUCUUCAAGGCUGUCUCUGCCCAGGGAUCUCCCAAUGAUCUUUAUCCGGUGUUAACGGUCAAUCAACGAUGGUUUGAGUGCGCCGUGCGGUGGCUCUGGAAGGUCCCACAUCUCCAAAACCUGGGAUCCUGGUGCCGAUUGAUCAGGACGCUGUCGCUGGAGCAUCACCCAUACGACACCCGAUCGCACUCAGGCACCGAGCCACCCUUUCGGCCAUACGGACGAUACCUCCGACACCUAUCUGCCACGGCAGUCUUCGCCGACAGCGUCAACAACAGCGACCUGAUGACCAUCUCGCUGUCAUGUCCGAUGCUGCUGUCGCUGUCGCUUGAAUCAUGCUAUCAAGUCACGCAUCGGGGUAUACUGUGUAUCAUCAACCGAUGUCCGCAGCUGUCGAUGCUGGAGCUUGCUCGAGGAGGCCUGUCCCAUCAGGCACUCUCUCGACUCUUUCGGGGGCGACUCGAUUCCCUGCGAAGCCUGUCGCUCAUGCUCGAUGCCUCCGUUCGGGGCCCGCAGCUCGUCAAGGCCAUGCAAAACCUCCCGAGUCUACAAAAGGUGUACUUCCAGAACUGCUCCAUGGUCAGCGACGAGAUCAUGGAGCGCAUGAUUGCUGCCUGUCCGCAGCUGGACGAUGUCUCGUUCCUGGAUCUGCGAAGUGCCACGGACGAGGCUGUCUUUGCGAUAGCUCGCCAUCUUGGCCCGUCUCUGAAGCAAUGCACACUGGGCCUCUGUAGCAGCAUCACUGACGUCGCCAUCAUCGAACUGGCCCGCAGUUCGCCACAACUUCGGGCGCUGACGCUGGCCCUGCUGGGAAGCAUAACGGACGCUUCGCUCGAAGGUAUUGCCCAGCACCUUCCUGAACUAACUGAGCUCGGUGUCUUUUCGAUCCAAAACAUCACCAACACGGGCGUGGACUAUAUCAGUCGCCGCUGCACCGAACUGCGAUACCUGUGCCUGCUCGAGUGCACCAAUGUGACAUCAAGCGCCAUGACGCUCGUGGCCUGGUCGCUCCAGAAGCUCGAGUACCUCAACAUCACAGGGUGCUCCAUCUUCGAGGCCACGCCGGAGCUUUACCAGCUCAAGCGGCGGUGCAUUGACUUUAUCGCAGGCAACCAGGUGCACCGCAACCUGCAUCUCUAUGAGCUGAUGCUGUAUACCAAGUCAGAGUUUGGGACGAACCAUCCGGUUCGAUUCACCUUUGAAGUUGUCUGAGCACCGCACUCGCUAGAUGUGGUCUCUAUCCUCUAGCGGCGACAACUCGCAACGACCAAGUAUGUCGGUGGAGGGCUUGAGCUGCCUCUUCGUGCGAGAAAUAUAGGGCGGACAUAGCCAGUUUGGCAAAACAUCGAACCGUAUAACUGCCGGUGCGGAGGGGGCUGGCCCAAGGCGAUGCUGAAUGGCGGACGUGGAAAGCCCUCCUCUGCAUUGAUGCACCGUCUCGCACAAGGCGCCGACACUCGAUGCCCUGGAUGUCCUGGAUGGAUGUCCUGGAUGGAUGGAUGCCCUGG